GCGCUCAAGAGCCUGGACAGCGCCCGUGGUGAGAAGCCAGGAAGAAGGAGGAGGAAGUGGUUAGCAGCACCGGGGUCCCACAUUGCCCACGGUGAUGUUGGCCAGGCGGGUGCUUGGGACCUCACGCAGGGCGGCGCUAGGAUCGGUGGAGGCUGCGCUUGGCGGUUUGAAGUCAAUAUGGGGAAGCAGCCAACAUUUUUGCUCUGCUCUUUCUAAGGGUGUCACAUAUAGGGAACUAAAAAACCUGCUGAGCUCCAAAAACAUUAUGUUAAUUGAUGUUAGAGAUACAUGGGAAGUUCUUGAGCAUGGAAAAAUACCUGGAUCAAUCAAUAUACCAUUGGAUGAGGUGGGGGAAGCUCUACAGAUGAACUCGAGGGAUUUCAAAGAGAAGUACCAUGAAGUGAAGCCAUCCAAAUCCGACCGUCUAGUGUUUUCUUGUUUUGCUGGAGUGAGAAGUAAGAAGGCUAUGGACACAGCAAUAUCGCUUGGCUUUAACAGUGUUCAGCACUAUGCUGGGGGAUGGAAAGAAUGGGUAACCUAUGAGAUUUCUGAGAAGAAACAAGAAAAUUGAGUUCUGGAAUAAGAGAACUCUGUCCUGUGUUCAUACAUCCAAGGACAGUGGAGGAAGCAAAAGAAAUCUCCAGUCUUGGCACCAAAGGAUAU